UCAACAAAGGUCGGGGAACUGAGCCAAAGUCUGCGGCCAGGGGGCGACACUGAGCCAACAUCGACUACAGAUCCACCCGACAACCAGGAGAUCGUUGCUAGAUAUUCCAUAAGCAGUUCAGAAAGCUGGAAUAAAAGACAUGCUGGAUUCACCUCUGUGUUCCGGUAACAAGAGUGUGCCCACUAGUCUUUACGACUUCAGACAUAGCACACAUCUUCGUUUAUCGACAGAUUUCUCUUCUUUCAGAGAAAAAACAAUGAAGAUGCUUUUUAAAAUUGUCUUAACCACCCAAGGAGAUGAUCGUAAUUAGCAGUCUCACAAAUUCAACCCAGAUUACCCCUUCAGGAGAAAUCUGCUGCAGUCACGUGUUCAAAGAUAUUACAGUGGUGGCCUGAAGGUAGAUGAUAGAUGACAUCGGCAACAAGUUUACUUCAAGGGCUGCUAGACCAAGAUAAUCGUGAGAACCACUGAACUGUUUUGUAUACCUUUCUCGGGAACCAUGAGGUUGUUGCGGAUACAUUAAGACCGUGAAGGAACACGAGGCUGUUCUAUGUGAUGUAAGACUUCUUAGGAAGCAUGAGGCACUUUCAAACUUAUCUGCUCUACGAUACCGUGGACUGUCCUGCUCCGACUCCUCCUCCCUUUAUGUCAGGGAGGGAUGGGUGGAGGAGCACUUGCUUGGUGCGCGAGACCACGUCCCUCCUGCGGGAGGGUCAGAAGAGGGUGGCCACCCCAGAGCGUCUGGCUGUGCUGCAGUUGGCCUCCAGCUGGGAGAAGAGGAGGCUGGGGCGGCAACAGCAGGUCCUCUCCGACAUCGCCAGGCGCUGCAGAGAGCAGGAAGUCACAGACCUGUCCUCAAGAAUCACUGGUAAGAGGCAGGGGAGAGAUGGGGAAACUCAAAAAGGCGACCUUUCAUCCCCCAGAGGGUCACAUCGCAAAAUGGCGGCAACACGACCCGACGGUCACAUGUCAGACAGUUCUCCUUCAGAUGAAAAUCCCUGUAAUAUAGACAUCAUUGACAAAAAGCUAGAGAAGAGCUACAAGUUCUUCCCGGCGAGGAAAAUCAUUCGUCUGCCUGGACGUCUUCGCUUGCACCAGGAUGGCAGCACGAGCACGAGGUCGCUGCCCACAAUGUGCGUCACUUCCUUCCAGGGAGCGCGCUUUAGUGAAAGGGGGACCACUCGCUCUUUUCCCUUUUUUCCUCACACCAGCAUGUUGAACAGUCAGACCCAUGGCUACAGAGAUCAGAGACAAUCCACGUGGACCGUCUGGACUCCUUGUUCUGCUCGGUGCCUGUUGCCCUCAGUGAGCGUCAGAAAUCUUUCCGCUGUAAGGACCACGUGACCAGGCCACAGCAGGUGACGUCAGUGUAUGACCAGGAGCACGAGAGGCUGGUGUCGUCUCCCCCUGUCCAGAGCUUCACCGUGUCUAUCCGGGUCCCUGCCUCCACUGGUGUCGCCCAAGAUGGAUGAGACUGAACAUAGACAAUGAACCUCUGCCACCCGAGGACGUCCAAAAUGUCGGACGUUAUUCUUCAGCCAGUCCUGCAUACGUGAGGGUGAUUACGUGUGUUUGUGAGUGCGUCUGCACUUGUGGCUGAGUUUGGAAAUCAGCAAAGUGUAUUUUAAGACGAGAUUUCUAGAUGAUGUGCGGGUUUCUAAGUGACAGCACGAAACACUAUUUGAAAAACUGGGAAAAAACUCAUAGCUUACCCACAACACACCAGCAUUGAAGGAAGCUGUUUUUUUUCUUGAAAAAGUCAAUGUAAACUUCACUACGUGUGUGCCUGUGUCUGUGUUUGUUGAGUAUAUGACAAUGAUGGGGUGGGGCUGACGAUCAAUGGGAAGAAUCAUUCUCUAUUUUUUCUACCUGACUUCUACUCAUGUGUAACUCCCGCUAUCCACAGGCAGGCAGACCUGGAUUUCAACUCCACUUCCUCAGCCUCUCUGGCUGUAGCUCCGACUGAUGAUGGUCAGUUUGGAUAUGAUUAAUUAAGAGAGGUCUGUUGAGGCUGACACUGACAAUUUGCAUUGUUUAAGCACACAAAGGAAUUUGGUAUUAACUGCAAUGUUUGACCAA